AUGUCGGCGGUGUAUCAGCAAUUUUCUGCCUUCAGAAGCUUAAAGGAAUCGGCAUCACAGUUUCAGCUUCUUGAUAGCAACAAAAGGAGAAUUGCGAAAUGGAGGUCACCAAGAGCAGCCAUAAUUCCAAAUUUUCAUCUCCCAAUGCGUAGUUAUGAAGUUAAAAAUCGGACAAAUACAGAAGACAUAAAGUCACUUAGACUUAUAACAGCCAUUAAAACACCAUAUCUACCAGAUGGCAGAUUCGAUCUAGAAGCUUAUGAUGCCUUGGUGAAUAUGCAGAUUGAACAUGGUGCCGAGGGUGUGAUUGUUGGUGGCACCACUGGUGAAGGCCAGUUGAUGAGCUGGGACGAACAUAUAAUGCUCAUUGGUCACACUGUCAACUGUUUUGGUGCUUCCAUCAAGGUUAUUGGAAAUACGGGAAGCAAUUCGACUCAAGAAGCAAUGCAUGCCACCGAACAAGGCUUCGCCGUUGGGAUGCAUGCAGCUCUUCAUAUCAAUCCUUACUAUGGGAAGACCUCAUUGGAGGGCUUGAUUUCUCACUUCGGGAGUGUACUUCCCAUGGGCCCCACAAUCAUCUACAACGUGCCAUCACGAACUGGCCAAGAUAUUCCCCCGCUCGUGAUUCAAACCGCGGCAGAAAGUCCCAACUUGGCCGGUGUCAAGGAAUGUGUCGGGAAUGAUAGAAUAGAGCAGUAUACGAGUGACGGAAUUAUCGCGUGGAGUGGAAAUGACGAUCAGUGCCAUGAUUCGAGAUGGGACUAUGGAGCUACAGGCGUAAUAUCAGUUACUAGCAACUUGGUUCCUGGUCUUAUGAGAGAACUCAUGUUUUGCGGGAAAAAUCCAUUGUUAAAUUCGAAGCUCCUGCCUCUAAUCGAGUGGCUUUUUCAUGAGCCAAAUCCUAUUGGAUUAAAUACAGCUCUUGCUCAGCUUGGUGUUGUGAGGCCAGUUUUCCGCCUACCCUACGUUCCGCUUCCUUUGGCAAAGAGAGUGGAGUUUGUGUAUAUAGUGAAGGAACUCGGACGGGAGAAUUUUGUUGGAGAGAGAGAUGUUCGGGUUCUGGAUGAUGAUGACUUCAUUUUGAUUGGUCGAUAUUAG